UGGCUCUGUGGGGAUGAAGAAGGGAGGCUUGUGCUAUUCAAGAAAAAGAAACAAGGAAGAAGAACCGGUCGGUCGGCAAUUUUAUGAUUUGAGGAAGACGGGAUUUUCCCUGAAUCUUGGAUCCCAUUGAUACGAUAUAGAUAGAUAGAGAGUGAGAGAGCCGCCAUUGAUACAUUGCUUGCUUCUUCUGCUUCCAACUCCAGCUCCAGCUCCAUCUUUCUCAACUAAUCCAAGGAAAUAAGGGCUAAUGUGGUCACGCUAUGCAAAACAUCAAUUCCAAUCCUUAAAUGGUGCAAGCAAAUUCUCCAGAUUACAAUGGUUCGCCCCAUUUUGUUCUUUGUCAGACAGUCCACAAAAGAAGUCAAAGCUUGCUCCCUUACAGGAACGGAGAAUGAUAGACCGAUUUAGGCUAUUGGCUAAAGGUGGUGAUGGUGGCAAUGGCUGUUGCAGCUCUCGCCGUGGUAGAAAUGAUCGUCAUGGUAAACCUGAUGGAGGCGAUGGAGGAAAAGGUGGUGAUGUAAUACUAGAAUGCUCUACUCGAGUUUGGGAUUUCAGCGGCCUGACACAUCAUAUUAAUGCAAAAAGAGGAGGUCAUGGAGCUUCAAAGAAAAUGAUAGGAAGCCGAGGGACAGAUAAGGUGGUACAAGUUCCUAUAGGCACUGCAAUUCAUCUUAUUGAAGGCAAACUUCCUUCUGUAGCAAAACCGAGUUCGGUGACACCUAUUGACCCCUGGGAUAUGCCUGGCUCACUAGACAAUGUUUCCUCUGAACUAAACGCAGAAUGUUUCACCUCUAGCAAAAUGAGUCCAAGAAAUGGAAACCUACAAACAACACAAAAUUCAUAUGCUAUUCCACUUACUCAGACAUCUAGUUCUUACAAGAGUUCCAAAAGCCCCUCGUCAAAUUUUGCCUCUUGUAAUACACAAGACGGUAGUGAUAUCUCCCAAGAAGAAUGGGAUGAAGAGGAAGAAGAAGAAAAGGAAUACAUACAGUACAAUGUUGCAGAAUUAAUAGAAGCUGGACAAAGGCUAAUUAUUGCUUGUGGGGGAGAAGGUGGAUCUGGCAAUGUUUCAUCUUCAAAAUUUAAUAAGAAUGAAACGGAUCUUGAAGGAUCUGAGGAAGAUGAAUCUCCAUCUUCCAUACACGCUGGGACCCCGGGAUCUGAGGUUCUACUCUUGUUGGAGCUGAAGAGCAUUGCCGAUGUGGGUUUUGUAGGAAUGCCAAAUGCAGGUAAAAGUACUCUACUAGGAGCAAUAUCAAGGGCUAAACCGAAAGAUGGGCACUAUGCGUUCACAACCUUGAGGCCAAAUCUCGGGAAUCUAAACUACGAUGAUUUGAAAAUCACAGUGGCUGACCUACCGGGUCUUAUAAAGGGAGCUCAUGAGAAUCGUGGGUUGGGACAUGCUUUUCUACGUCAUAUUGAGCGUACCAAGGUUCUUGCUUAUGUUCUUGAUUUGGCAGCAUCGUUGGAUGGACGUAAAGGAACUCCGCCAUGGGAACAGUUAAGAGAUCUGAUUAUGGAGCUUGAGCUUUAUCAAGAAGGUUUGUCGGAAAGGCCUUGUUUGAUAGUUGCAAAUAAAAUAGAUGAAGAAGGGGCUGAGGAAAUGUUUGAAGAACUCAAAAGAAGGGUGGUUGGUGUCCCUAUUUUUCCAGUAUGUGCUGUUCUGGAGGAAGGAGUGUCUGCGUUAAAAAAUGGUCUUAGGAUGCUUGUUAAUGGUGAACAGUCGGAAAAAUUAUAUUUAGAUUCUAUUGAGGUUGAUUAGUUUGUUUGUUAUCUUUAUUGCCUGCUUGAAAAUUUGAGAGCCGGUUAGCUCUUGUUUUAUUAAUUGGUUAAAUUGUUUGUUCUUUUAUAAGAAAAUAAGUCUGAAAUAUGUUUUUGUUUUCUUUGGCCAUUGAUGUUUCUAUUCCUACUA